AUGGACGCAAGUCAGGUGACGAUGAUACCAUGUAGAAUGGACUAUAUUUUGUCCAUUCCUCUAUCUUCUUCAUCAGUUUCAGACCAAUGGAUUUGGCACUUCACAAACUCCAAUGAGUACACAGUCCAGUCGGGUUAUCAUCUUGCAAAUGACCUUGAAGAUUCUGAGCUCUCAAACUCUUCCAAUAACCUGCAUACUUGGUGGAAAUACUUUUGGAACCUGCAACUUCCAUCCAAGGUUAAAAUUUUUGUUUGCAAAGCUUUUCAUUGUGCCAUUCCCACUGCUGCUGCUCUGUGCAAGCGCAAGGUCAUUGAUUCUGCAGCAUGUAGCCUUUGUUCGAAUGCCUGGGAAUCGGUUGAGCAUGCCUUGUUUCUAUGCAAACAUGCUAAAAAGGUUUGGCGUGUCGCUGGUUUUUCUCUGGAUUUUGAUUUGGUUUCCCGAAUGAGAUUUGAUGAUUUUUUGAUGCUGUUAUCUACCCUUAAAUCUACUUCGGAAAUGGAACAACUACUCUGCACUUUGUGGUUUUUAUGGAAUGACAGAAACAACUUUAUUCACGGCAAACCAGGCCUCUCACCAACACAACUUUGGGCCAAAUCUGUUGCAUAUUUCUGCAACUUUCAGCAGCAGUCCACUUCAUCAAAAUCCAUCCGAGACUCUACAGGUGCAGCUGCUCAACCCAAUUGGAUAUGUCCCCCUUUGGAUAAAUUAAAAAUGAAUGUUGAUGCUGCUUGUGAUAUUUCCCGUAAUAAAAUUGGUGUUGGUAUCAUCAUUCGAAAUUCUUCUGGUCAAGUUGUUGCAUCCUACUCAAAGCCUCUCACGGGUAGAUUAAAGCCACAAGAAAUGGAAGCCAAAGCAUUAAUUAUGGGAAUCGAUUGGGCAGCUCAUUGCAACUUAUCGGUCAAUCUUUUUGAAUUUGAUUCCUUGAUUUUAGUUAAUUCAAUUAAUAGUAAUUCUAAUGCUAUCUCUUCUUUUGGUGAUUUAGUUUUGGAUAUUAAAAAUCGUUUAUCCUAUCUCUCCUCUGUUUGUGUCUCUCAUGUGAAGCGAGAUGCUAACCAAGCUGCUCAUGGCUUGGCUAAACAUGCAUUGGAGUUGGAUGAUGAUUGUAUGUGGUUUGAGAAAAUUCCCUCUACCAUUUUCUCUGUUGUUGUAAAUGACGCUCUAUAA